AUGGCGGCACACGCCGGAACCCUAGUUCCACACCACCUCCCCGUCCGCCUCGCGGUCGCCCACCCCAGACCCGUCACCUCGGCUUCUUGCUCCCUCCGCCCGCGCCUCCCCCGCCUCGCAGUCGCCCGUGCGGCCUCCCGCGGCAACGGUGACGGCGACGGCGACGGCGGGCCCCCGGCGGAGGGGGAGAAGGAGCGGCGAGCCUCGUCGUUCCCGGCGCUGUCGGAGAUCCGCUGGGGCGAGCUGCUGUCCCCGGACCCCGCCAACGCCGCGGCGGUGGUGCUCACGGGUGCGCUCGCGUGGGCUGGCGCCUCGCUGCUGCUGCAGAUCGCGCUCAUCUCCGCGGCAAUCUUCGCCGCCGCCAUCAAGUACUCGUUUGUUGCCGCGCUCCUGCUCUUCGUCCUUAUCGCGUUGCUGUGA